AUGGGCUUGGAUAUCCAAUUUUCAGUUCAUUCCAAUGAAGGCUCCAGAUCAUUGGCAAAACCACACCAACUAUCCAAUGGCUAUCCAAUGGCAUUGGAUCAUGAUGUUCUGGAUAUCCACGAUGAUGAUGAUGCUGAUGAUGCCUUCAUCAUGGAUGCAAAAUAUGAAGCUACUUCAGGUGCUGAAGUUGCUGACAAGCAAAAGCAUCUAACUGAAGAUCAGCGCAAACUUUUGGCUCAAGCGUUGAAGAAUACAGACGAGAUUUUCAAUGGUCAACUUGGCCAUUACAAGCAUGAGAAGGCGUAUUCUGUUCUGAAGCAACAUGAACCUGUAUUCCUCAAAGAGUUGAAGCAUCUACAAGAGAUUGGAGUCCUUGAACGAACAGGACCGUCAGAUGGGCGUCGCCAACAUUCAGCAUUCCAAAAAAGGACGGUAGGGUGCGAUGGAUCAGCGAUCUCCGACAGCUGA